AUGACCGGGAACGACGCAAAUGGAAUGCUCGUGUUGCUCGGGCCCGAUGGCCAAUGGUACUAUCCGCCGACGGACAUCUCUUCGUCUGUCCCGACCGUUCUCGACCCGAACCAGAUAACAAUACCAGUGUCCGGCUCUGGCGAGGCCACAAACCUCACAAUUCCGACAACCGUGUCCGCCGGACGGAUCUGGCUGGCUCAGGGCACCCUGCAAUUUUCCGUCGUCCUGGGUUCCUCAGGUCCGGCGCUGGUCGAGCCGUCCGUGACCGGGCCCUCCCAGCAUUCCACCAACUGGGGCUUCGUGGAGCUCACGUACACCUCGGACGGCGUGGUCUAUACCGACAUCAGCUACGUCGAUUUCGUCAGCAUGAACCUGGGCAUCGAAUUGACGGGGACCGACACCGGCACUCAGACGACGCCAGGUCUCCAGCCCAACGCGCUGCAGACGCUGUGUGACGCGUUGGCUAACCAGACGGCCGCGGAUGGAUACCCGUGGAAUGACCUCUGCGUCACCGACGGGCAGGGCCAGCCAAUCCGUGUCAUCGCUCCCUCUGACUACAUGCAGCUCAACGCGGACGCUUUCUCGGACUACUGGACCUCCUACGUCGACCAGGUCUGGAGCACCUACGCCAGCCAGCCGUUGACCAUCAACAGCCAGGCCGGGCAGGAGGGGGACAUCACAUGCACCGCCAGCGGCGACGUGCUUACCUGCACCGACGACAGCGGCGCGAGCGCGACAUUCGCCCAGCCCUCGGCGGCCGACAUCUUCAGCUGCGCCAGCGGCCCGUUCGCGCUCGACGGGUCAUCCACGGCGGUGCAGCAGGCGGUGGUGCCGCGUCUGUGCGCCGCCAUCAACCGCUCCACGCUGCUGCUCGACGGCGGCAACGUCCAGCCCGACGGCGUGACAGCGGACUGCUACUACACCGCGUCGACGGCGACCAACUGGUACAGCAAGCUCGUGCACCAGCUCGAGAUCGCGGGGCGGGGGUACGCGUUUGCGUACGACGACGUGACGCCCGACAGCACCAGCAGCAGCGAGGACACGCCGAACCAGUCCGGCGAGGUGGUUUCGGCGAGUCCCCAAGAAUAG